UCGCCUCUCUCUCCCCGAAGUUGUUGCUCCUCGUCUCCCCCUCUCCCCUCCAGGGCGGUGUGAAGUCAACUUUUCUCUCUCCUUUUUGUCUUCUUCUCUCGUUGAAAGUAAAAACGCAACCAUGUCGCCGCCGUCCCGACGGCUACAGACGAAGCCGGUGAUCACCUGCCUGAAGACCUUCCUCAUCUCCUACAGCCUCAUAUUCUGGUUCACAGGAGUGAUCCUGCUGGCCGUGGGCGUGUGGGGGAAGGUGAGCCUGGAGGCCUAUUUCUCUCUGGCCUCUGAGGACAGCACCAAUGCGCCUUAUGUCCUCAUCGGGACUGGAGCCAUCAUCGUUAUUUUCGGACUGUUCGGAUGCUUCGCUACAUGCCGCGGCAGCCCAUGGAUGCUCAAACUGUAUACCAUGUUCCUGACCUUGGUGUUCCUGGCGGAGCUCGUGGCCGGUGUCUCAGGCUUUAUCUUCAGACAUGAGAUCAAGGCCAAGUUCGGCGUUGCCUAUAAGAACGCUGUGAAGACCUACAAUAGCACCGACAGCAGCAGCAGCAGCAGCAUGGCAGUGGACUCCAUCCAGAGCACCUUGUAUUGCUGCGGAGUGAACAAUUACACUGACUGGGGCGAAACAGGUUACUUUAAGGAGAAUGGCAUCCCUACCAGCUGCUGUAAGGACAGCGCCAACUGCCAACCAGAGAUCCUCAAAGACAUCAUCAAGGCCGGGACGGAGGUGUACACGGUGGGCUGCUUCGCACGGGUGACCGAUGUGAUGGAGUCCAACCUGGGAAUCAUCGCAGGCAUCUCCUUUGGGAUUGCAUUCUUCCAGCUCAUUGGGAUAUUCCUGUCCUGCUGCUUGUCUCGAUACAUAACCAACAACCAGUAUGAGAUGGUCUAACGGUGACCUUCCAAAGAUCUCGGAUGAGCAGCUCCUGAUACAAACUGAGCUGAAAGAAUCUCCUGUGAUUUUAUUUUUGUGUUUGUUGUUUGUUAGUUGAUAUUAUUUUAGAAAGGGAAAAACACUCAUUGCUUCCUCUUUUAUUCACCAAUGACAAAUGAGCAGAUGGGGAAGAAAUGUGAAAGGAAACCCGAAGCGGUCGUUCUCUGCAGUGCAGUCUGAAAAAUUCAAGAUUACCUGGACAUUUCGAACAUCAUUUGUUACUCCUGAGAUUUAAUUAGAGCUUUCUAUUAAGCGUAGGUGUUACUUUAUUUCAGUUAAUUGACCAAUUGUCAACAUGUCCAUGUAUUGUGUCUUUGUAAUGCAGCUGCCUUAUUUUAUAAUUCUGCUUUAAAAAAAAGAUGUUAAACGUCUCUGCAACACUACGUGAAUUUCUGUGUAAGUGAAACCAAAAAUAAGCCUGAGAGGUGGACGAGGAGGUCGCCAACCUGAAAUCGCGUGUGUGUUUCACGGGAACGACCCGAAAGUGAGCGUCACUGACGACAACGUGGGCCAGAAGUGUUGAAAACCAGCAUUCAUGUGUGCCAGUUCCAUUCGCCAGCCAACUUUAUAUCACAGUCUUCAGUGUUAAAUUGUUAUUCUUUUGUGGAUGCAUGUGAAAUACUUGACCAAAAAAAAUAAAGAUUAAAUUUAGUAUCUUCAACAA